UAAAACACUCAGGUCGCUUAUUUAGCCUUGAACAAUGGAGGUGCUAUGGGGUGCCAACCCCUCCACAAGUGAACAUCUGCUUGUAACUUGUGAGCCCCCAAAUUUAAAAACAUAGGUACUUUCCCAUGGAAAUAGCCUAUUGUUGACCAGAAGCCUCAUCUAGAACAUAGUCAAUACCCCAUUAUUAAUAUGUGGUCUGUAUUAUAGGCAGUAUUUUUAUAAUAAAGCAAGCAUGAGGAAAGAACAUUAAGGAAAUCAUAAUGAAGAGAAAACACAUUUACAGUAUAUAUAUAAAUUUGUGUAUAAGUGGACCCACACUAUUAAAACCCAUGUUCUUCAAUGGUCAACUGUGUUUGUUAAUAUGCGUGAAAGAAUCAAGGGAAGAUGGAUGUCUGUCUGGAGAGGAAUAAUUUUACUGUCUCCUUUUUCUUUUGACCAUGAUUGUGAUUUGUGAGGGGGGGGUGUGUGUGGAAAAUAUUAUAAGCUUGUGUGCAUGCAAAAGGAUUUGAUUGUUUCUGUCUCUCAGACAUACACGGCUGUUGUAUGAUGGGGAAUUCUCUAAUACCAGCUUUUCAAUGGAAGAUAAAGAACACUGUCAUGUACAAUGCAUGAAGAAAGUCUACAUUCACAUGCUGUUUGUGGUUGACGUAUAACUGUGAUGUAAGUAACCAUGAAGUGAUCAUUCAAGGCAUCAUUAUUUGUAUUAAAGUAAGAUAGAGGAACAUUCUGAAUUUUAAAUAGAUAUGACAGCUUUUUUGCAAGGAGAUUAUGGUGGCUGUUGAUUUAAAAUUUGCAUGCAUCUUCAUAAUAGCAAUCGAUAGAAGUCAAGAAUAUUAGGCAGUUGAAAUAGAGAUUUUCACAUCGUAGGCAAGGAUAGCUAACUCUUCCAUAAAAGGGUGUAAAAUUGUUAUAAAUCCACAUUUAUUCAAUAAUGAGCCUCAGUUUGAACAGAAUGGAAAGCACAACUCAUAGAUCAGAGGAACAGAAUGGUCCUUGAAUGAUUGAAAGGGGUGUUUUGACCAAGGAUCAUAUAGUGGUUUUGCACUGGUUUGGUUAGAAUGCAUUUGAAUUUAAUAUAUUUUGAAUAAGAACACUGAAUGGAUUUUAAUGCGUUAACUCUGUGUUAAUGAAUGAACUGUUCCCCUACACCAACAUUAGCCUGCCCCACCUUCAUUAAGGUUGCAGGUAAACAGUAACAGAAAGUAUAAUCGACCAUUGAACAACAUGGGUUUGGACUAUGUGGGUACAUUUAUAGUCAGGUUUGUUUAUUGUACAGAAAUAUAUUUUCUCUUCUGAGUUUCUUAACAUUUUCCUUUCUUGAAAUUCCUUUAUUGUAGGAAUGGCAUAUAUAACACAUAUAACAUAAAAUAUACAUUUAUUGAUUGUUCUUGAUCAAAUUCCUUGUCAAUAGUAGGCUAUUAAAAUGUAGUGUUGGGGAGUAAAAGUAAUACACGGAUUUUUAACAGCAUGAGGGGCGGGCACACUGAAACUUCCCUACUUUGGCUAAGGAAACAGUAAGAUCCAGAAGGCACAGAGAACUCCUGUCAAAAUCAACAAAAGCAGGCCCACACCAACAUAUAUUAGAUUAAAUUUACAAAAUACGGUGAUAAAGAAAAACUCUUCAAAGCAGGAAGACAUCUUUCACUUAUCAGGGAGAACCAUAAGGUUACCUCGUGGUUUUUCAACAGAAACUUGGCAAGCCAGAAGGGAGUGGCAUCAUCUAUUCCACGUGCUGACUGGGAAAAAUAGGCAGCCAGGAAUUCUCUAUCCAGCAAUGCUAUCAUUCAGAAGGGAAGGAGAGACAGAGUUUCCCAGACAAGCAAAAUCUAAAGGAAUUCCUCACCACUGAACUAGCCCUGCAGGAAAUGUCAAAGGGGAAUCUUUAAGUGCAAAGAAGACACCAAAAGUGACAAAGAAAAAGGAUCCAGAAAGUAUAUAGAAACGAGAAAACAAUUAAUAAAAUGGCAAUAAAUAUGUAUCAAUAAAUACUUUCAAUGAAAAUGUACUAUACCUUCCAAUCAAAACACAUAGGGUCUCUGGAUGGAAUAAAGCACAAACAAAAACAACAAAAAAUAAACCCCAGGCCCAUCUAUAUGCUGCCUACAAGAGACUCCAUGUAGACCUGAAGACACUUAAAGAUAGAAAGUGAGGGUGGUAGAGAAACCUUUCUCACACAGAUGAAGGUCCAAAGAAAGCCAGAGUAGCAAUACUUAGGAUGGACAAACCAGAUAUUUUAUUCUUGUGUGGUAAUUAUCCUGCUUUGGUACCAGGGUAAUGCUGGCCUCCUAGGGUUAUUUUGAAUGGGUUCCUUCUAUUCUAUUUUUAAGAUUUUGAUGAAGCGUGCCCUAAAUUUGGUUUUCUUUUUAAUGUUUGUUAGAAUUGACCAAUGAAGGCAAGAGGCUGUGGGCUUUCCUGUGCUGGGAGGUUUUUUAUUCCAAAUUCAACUUGUAUAUUUGUGAUGGUCUAAGAAGAUUCCUUAUUUCUUGAGCCCAAGAUUCAUUUUUCAAUCUUGGUAAAUUGUGCGUUGUUUAAAAUUACAUUUUUUUCAAUUUUGUCUAACUUGUUAGUAUAUAAUUGUUGAUAGUGAUCUGUUAUCACAGUAUAUAUUUCUGUGGUUAUCUGUUGUGAGGUUUCCGUUCCAUUUCUCCAUUUGGUGUUUGAGUUCUCUCUCAUUUUUUCUUAGUUAAUGUAGUUGAAGAAUUUCCAUUUCUGUUUGUUUUGAAAAACCUGGGCAUUAUUUUCCAUGUUAUUCUUUAUUCUGGUCUCUUUUAUUUGUAAUUUUAAUUUUUUGGUUUUAUUUAUUUAUUUAUUUAUUUAUUUAUUUAUUUAUUUAUUUUGAGACAGCGAGCAUGCAAGCUGGGGCAAGGGGCAGAGUAAGAGAGACAGAAUCUUAGACUCCUCACUGAGAGUGGAGCCCUACCUGGGACUUGAUCCCACAACCCUGGGAUCAUGACCUGAGCUGAAAUCAGGAGUUAGACGCUUAACGGACUGAGAUACCCAGGUGCCCCAACUAUUUUAUUUAUUUCUGAUUUUUCCUUGGUAUUUCCUUCUGCUCCUGUAGAACUGAAUGUGGGGCUUGAACUUGCUAACCACAAGAUCAUGAACUGAGCCAGAGUCAGAUGCUCAAACGACUGAACGACUCAGGCACCCCUGUUGUUGUUUUUAAUAUUUAUUUGCUUUUGGAAAGGAGAGAAUCCCAGGCAGGUCCUGCAUGGACAGCAUAGAGCCUGAGAAUGGACUGGAGUGGAGUCACAAACCAUGAUAUCAUGAAAGCCAAAAUCAAGAGUCUGAUGCUAACCUACUGAGUCACUCAGGCGCUCCUUAAAGGCAAAGACCAUUUUGUGUGUUUUAAUAGGUCUAUGUAUGUCUGGUUCUUCAAAAUCAGAGGCACAGUUGUUUUAACAAUCAUUUCUUGGGAUGUGGAAAAGAGGAGAAUGAUCUUUCCUCUAAAAUGUUGGGCAGGAGUUGCUUUCUGACCACAAGAGUACUGGUACAAUUCUCAAGGCUGUAAGGGAGGGUGUCAAAAUGCCAUUGUGGUACAUGCCUAUGCUUUUGCUCUACUGUCCAAAUGAACUUGAACAGUGUGCCAAAAUGCACCUUUCUUUUCCCAGUUACCCAAAAUCUGUAUGGUGUGUUAAAGACCCCAGAUUGAUUGAUAGGGAGAUUCAUACAUAGAUACAUAGAUGGAUGGAUGGAUAGGUACAUAGAUGAUAGAUUUCUUCAUGAUGGAGUCCAGGUAAGUUUUAUCUUUUUGAAAUUCAUAACCAUUCUUUGGUAUCGACUUCUUGCCAUAUAAUUAUCUAUUGUGGGCCUAUUUAUUUCUAUGGGAUCAGUUGUACUGUGUCUGCCUUCACUUCAUUACUUCUGAUUUUAGUCAGCUUUCUCUGUCAUUUUGAUGAUUAGCUAUAGCUCUAUUGAUUUUGGGGGGGUUUCUGAACACCACCUUUUCCUAUUGUUGAUUUUUCCUAUUUUUGGUACAUAUUUUUCAUUUUUGUUUUAGUUAUCCUUUCUUCUGCUAAUUUUGAGCACAUAUGGUACAUUUCCUGAGUUUCUGAGAUGUAAGAGAAUGAUUUCUGCUACAUCAAGAUGUGCUACACAAUUCUCUAUUAAGCUAUGUGGUCAGUUCCUUGUGUGCAAGAUUAUGUGUCCAUGGAAGAAUGAAGUCCUGGUGGUUUCUUUCAGCUAUAUUCCUGAUGUUCUCUGAUUGAUUUUAAGGUUCUAUAUUAGAAGUUGUGAGUACAUUUAUCUGAGAGUAGUACCUGGAAUGAUUUUACUUUUGUUAUUUGAUCUCUUUCAGCUGUAUUUUCACCUGGCACCCAGACAUUCCUGCCAAAGUCAUGCAUUGAAGCUUUUUCCCAGAAAGUGUCAAUGAGUAGAUAUAAACAUAGUUCACCUGAGAAUGUACACUUAUUGACAGACUGGAACAAGGGUAGGGAGAGUGAAGGGCACCAAAGAUAUCUGGGAACUCUUUUUCCAGAGAACGAUGAUGAAUGUAAUAAAUAUGGGGAAGCCUUUUAUCAAAGCGCCAACCUUAUUCCACACAGGAGUAUCCCUAAGGGAGAGAAUCUUUAUAAAUACAUUGAAUGUGAGAAAAUUCUUAACCAGUCUUCCAAUGUUGUUGAUCAGAGGGUUCAUGUGGGAAGAAACCAUUACAGAUGUAAUAAUCCUGGGAACAUGUUUAGUCAUUCAUCAAGACUAAGCACACAUAAGACAACUGGUACUGGAGAGGAAAGUUAUAUAGGUAAAAAAUUUGGAAAAGCCUUUGACCACCAACAAAUACAUACUGGACAGAAACCUUACAAAUGUGAAGAAUGUGGCAAGACCUUUAAAUUCUGCUCAACCCUUACUCAACAUAAGUUAACUCAUAUUGGAGAGAAACCUUUCCAAUGUAAGGAAUGUGGCCAUGUCUUUAAACGGCUCUCAACCUUUACAGAACAUCACAGAAUUCAUAGUGGAGUGAAACCUUACCAAUGUAACAAAUGUGGCAAAGCCUUUAACCGGCACUCAUCUCUUACAAGACAUCAAAGAAUUCAUACUCGAGAGACACCUCACAAGCGUAAGGAAUGUGGUAAGGCCUUUAUUCAUUCACAACCGUCUGAACAUCAAAAAAUUCGUACUGAGGAGAAACCUUACAAAUGCCAACAAUGUGGCAAGUCCUUUAACAGGUCCUCAGACUUUAUUCCACAUCACAGAAUUCAUACUGGAGAGAAACCUUACCAAUGCAAAGAAUGUGGCAAGACCUUUAACUGGCCUGCAUCCCUUAGGGUACAUCACAGAAUUCAUACUGGAGAGAAACAUUACAAAUGUAAAGAGUGUGGCAAGGCCUUUACCCACCUCUCAAGCCUUACCAACCAUCACAGAAUUCAUACUGGAGAGAAACUUUACCAAUGUAAUGAAUGUGGCAAGGCCUUUAGGUACUUCUCAACCUUUACACAACAUCGCGGAAUUCAUACUGGAGUGAAACCUUACAAAUGUAAAGAAUGUGGUAAAGCCUUUAACUGGCACUCAGCCCUUAAGACACAUCAAAGAAUUCAUAGUGGAGAGAAACCUUACAAAUGUCAAGAAUGUGGCAAGGCCUUUUACCGCCAGGCACAUCUUAAUGUACAUCACAGAAUUCAUAGUGGACAGAAACCUUAUGAAUGUAAAGAAUGUGGCAAGGCUUUUAGCUACAUCUCAAACUAUACACAACAUCACAGAAUUCAUAUUGGAGUGAAACCUUACAAAUGUCAAGAAUGUGGCAAGGCCUUUUAUCGCCAGGCAUAUCUUAAUGUACAUCACAGAAUGCAUAGUGGAGAGAAACCUCACAAAUGUCAAGAAUGUGGCAAGACCUUUAACCAGCAUUCAACCCUUAGAGAACAUCAAGGAAUUCAUACUGGACAGAAACCUUACCAAUGUAAAGAAUGCGGCAAAGCCUUUAACUGGCAAUCAGCCCUUAAAAGACAUCACAGAAUUCAUAGUGGAGAGAAACCUUACCAAUGUAAAGAAUGUGGCAAGACCUUUAGCCAGCACUCAUCCCUUAGAGAACAUCAAGGAAUUCAUACUGGACAGAAACCUUACCCAUGUACAGAAUGUGGCAAAGCCUUUAACUGGCCAUCAGCCCUUAAGAGACAUCACAGAAUUCAUAGAGGAGAGAAACCUUACCAAUGUAAAGAAUGUGGCAAGACCUUUAACCACCACUCAUCCCGUAGCAGACAUUACAAAACUCAUACUGGAGAGAAACCUUACCAAUAUGAACAAUGUGGGAAAACGUUUUAUCACUGUUCAACCUUGACUUAUUAACACAGAAUUCAUACUAGAGCAAAGCUUCUAAAUGUUAAGAUUGUGACAGAAUUUUAAGGACUCCUCAACUCUUAUUCCAUAUCAGAUAAUUCAUACUGAAGAGUAAUGAUACCCAUUGGGAAUGUGGCAAGAUAUUAAAGCAAUGCUUAAACCUGGAUUCUUCAUCAGAGAAUAUCUACUGGAGAUGAUUUUACCAACACAAAGAAUUUGGCAAGCCUUUUAAUCAGUACUCAAACCUCAUUCAACAUCACAGAAUUCAUACUCCAGAGAAAAAUGAUAACAAAUGUGGUAAAAAAGUGUUUCAGACUGCUCAAGCCUUACUCAUCAUCACAGUUCCUAUUGUGGAGAGAUGUUACAAAUGUAAUGAAUGUGGGAAACCUCUAGCUGGAACUCACAACUACCUCAACAUCACAGUUAUUAUACAGGAGUGAAACUGGAAAAUGUAAAGAGAGUGGCUGAUCUUUAGCUGGAAUUCAGUCAUGACCCACUAUCCCCAAAUGCAUACUCAGGGAUAAUGUAUGAAUAAGGAAAGUCUUUUUUGAAUAUACACUUUAGAAAACGAACCAUACAGAGAGGAAAGUAACCUGAAAGAUAUAAAUAUUUAGUCAUCUAAUUACCUGAACAUCAACUGUCAAUAAACGUCACAGAAUUCACACUAGAAAGGAGUACAUUGGUCACUCUAUUCAGACUUUAUUCUCCACAAAAAUACUUAACCAUGUGGGAUAAAACAAAGUUGAACACUUAGAUAACGAAUAGGCGGGUAUGCCUGAAAAUAGAGAAGGGGCGGUGUUUUGUAUAGGAAUAAGUAAUUUCAAAUGUGCUUUUGUUUUACCUUGGCCCUUUUUAAGAUGUUGACUACAAGUAUUAAUGUAUUUGUGCUCUGAAAUCACUUCACAAAAUUCAUUGAUUCCUAGUGGGUGUUGAAAGUAUGUGGCUGAUUCUUCCUGCAUCAAAGAUAUCAGAUGCCCUUCCCUCUUAGAUGGGACUCCUGCAUACCUGAUUUUCCAUGUAAGAUGAAGGACAAUAUGAUGUACAAUCUAUGAACAAACCUAACUGGAGAGGUCAUUAUGUUUCUAACACUGAUGUAAGUUAUUACGAAAUGAGUGUUCAGAACAUCAUUCUUCAACAUUUAUUAAAACUAAAAACGUUUCUGAGUGUUAUAAAAAAAGUGUUAUAGUUAUUGGUUUUGUGCAGUCCAGGCACAUACUGAGACAACUUCUUACCCGCAAUAGUUAGAACUAGAGAAUACCAGUUGAUGUGGUUGAAAGGAAGAAACCUUCAGAAACAGAGUAACUAACUCUUC